CUUCCUCGUUUAAAUUAAACAUCUAGACUGUAUGAAAUGGUGAAGAUUAGUUCUGUAAUCUUAGCGGUGAUCGUAUAUUUGUGAAAGGAGCUUUUCCGGAAGUAGUCGGCAGAUCUCCGAGUACCCCUGAACGUAGCACAGUCGUUUGGUCAGUCCACGCGCAGCCUCAGUUUGAGAAAGAUCGUCUUUUGUUAAGUUUUUUCCUCUUCAGGAAAUCCCGCUCCGACAGCGACCCACACCGAGCGGGUCACAACACGUUGCUGUUCACUGAGUGUUUGUGUUUACAUAUUGAUCAGCUUCAUCGAUAUCGUUUCAAUGUUUUGAUCUGGUAUCACAUCAGGCUGUUCAAAACCCGUUUCGGUUCUCUGUUUCCGUGCAGAGUGAGACGUCUGUCCUCAAAGCGCUCUAAACACACGUCUCCGCUCUCAUGUCGGACCGCGUCUCUCCGCUCCUCGCGGGCCCGGACUCUCCCGCUCCCUGACGGCCCGCUGUCGGUGCGGCUCCCCGCUAUCCCCCCCCGAACUCGCCGGUUGGUUCGGCAGGGAUGCUCCGGUUCUGGUUCCAGGCGGCAGUCGUCCUGUGGCUCGUGCCCGGGUGUCAGGGCUCUGCGGCCCGGCUGUACACGGAGGAGGACCCGCUGGUGAUCCUGGGCAGCGGCAGCCUGAAGCCCGCCGUGGGGAACUCUACCUCGGCAUGGCUGGUCCAGUUCUACUCGUCCUGGUGCGGACACUGCAUCCAGUACUCCAGCACGUGGAGGGCUCUGGCGCGCGACGUCACAGACUGGCAGCUGGUUCUCCAUGUCGGGGUUCUGGAUUGCGCUCAGGAAGAAAACUUUGACGUCUGUAAAGAAUUCAACAUCAAGUUCUACCCGACGUUCAAGUACUUCCAUGCUCACAGUCCUCACACGGACAGAGGAACGUCCUACAGCGGUGCAGACAGAGAGGUCCAGUCAGUGAGACAGUUGAUGGUGGACAUCCUGCAGAACCACACCAAGGUGGAAUGGCCAGACCUCUGUCCCCCACUGAGACCCUACAGUUCUGAGGAGCUGCUCCCGUUGCUGGGUCAGAGGUCAGACCACUACACCGCCAUCAUCAUGGAGGAACCGGACUCCUACGUAGGCCGAGAGGUGAUCCUGGACCUGCUGCAGUACUCUGGAGUGGAGGUGAAGAGAGCUCUGAGCUCUGAGCGCCCUCUGCUGGACGCUCUGAAGAUCACACGCUUUCCCUCAGUUUACCUGCUGCACCCCAACGCAACACACACAUACCUGCACGUGGAGAAGCGCUUGCGGUUCUUCUUCUCCUCCUUCUUGAGGACGUUACCAUCAGUCCAUCGCAGUUCGAGGUCUAGCAGCAGCAGCAGUAGCGUCGCCAUGGUGACGGAGAAGCAGAGCAGCGACCCCUGGAGAGACUUUGACAGGUCUAAGGUGUACGCGGCUGACCUGGAGUCAGCUCUCCACUACCUGCUGAGGGUGGAGCUGGCUACCCACAACACCCUGGAGGGGGAGGAGCUACAGGUCUUUAAGGACUUCGUUACUUUGGUCGCGAAGUUGUAUCCAGGUGGAGGCUCCGCGGUGAAGCUGAUGGAGACGCUCUCUGAUUGGUUGCUCAGUCUGCCUCUUCCACGAAUCCCCUACCAGGCCGUCCUGGACCUGGUGGACAACAAGAUGAGGAUCUCAGGUGUGUUCCUAGGGGCGGAGCUUCGUUGGGUUGGUUGCCAGGGCAGCAGGGCGGGGCUUAGAGGUUACCCAUGUUCCCUAUGGACUCUGUUCCACGUCCUGACUGUGCAGCAUGACGCCAUGCCCACUGCGCUGGAGAGCACAGGCCUGGAGGGCGAGGCGGCCCCGGUGCUGCAGGUGAUGCGGCGCUACAUCAGGAUGUUCUUCGGCUGCGAGGAGUGCGGUCGCCACUUUGAACAGGCGGCUGCUGACGGUGUGAAGAACGUCCAGAACCCAGAGGAGCAGAUUCUCUGGUUGUGGAACCAACACAACCUGGUGAACGACAGGCUGGCUGGGUCUCUGAGUGACGACCCCCUCUUCCCUAAAGCUCCGUGGCCGAGCCCCUACCUCUGCGCCUCCUGCCACGAGGAGAAAAAUGGCGUCCACGUCUGGAACCACAACAGCGUCAUCCUCUUCUUCAGACAACACUACGGCACCUCCAACAUCUCCCCCAAAUACUCCCUGACCCCCCUUCGACUCCCUGCACCUCCCCCUGGUCCUGGUCCUGUACAGACCAGUCAGCCACAGGAGGAGCACCAAGGAGGAGAGAAAAAGGAGCCAGAGAAGAAACCUAAAGAGCAGCUGGAGCCCCGACCCGGACACCAGGCUCUCAGUGGGGUGGGGAAAGGGGAGGGUCUGAGGGAAGGAGGAGGAGGAGAAGCAGUAGGAGGAGCAGGAGGAGGAGCAGGAGGAGGCGGCGUUUGGAUUCUGGGUCUGGGUUUCAACAGCGUGGACAUGAGUCUGUGUGUGGUGCUGUACGUCUGCUCCUGCCUCUUCCUCAUGCUCCUCUUCUUCUUCUUUAAAGUCCGAUCCAGGAGGUGGAAACUCCGGCAAUCUCGCCUCCACGUCUGACCGGGACCCAGACCGGGUCUGACUUGGAUCAGGUCUAGAUCAGGUCUCUUCUGGUCCUGCUCUGGUCUUUCACACCUUAACAGCUUUAAAGAACCACUCAAGGACCCUGACGUGCUGUAUUUCGGAUUUUAGAAACCUGGUUUGGAUGGCCAGACCAUGUGACGUCUACCAGACCAGCUGACGUCUACCAGACCAGCUGACCAUGUACCAGCUGACCUUGUGACCUUGUCGACCCCCGACAAGAGGGAAAUGAUUGCCAGUUAGCGGAAUGGGACUGGACUGGACCAGACCGGUUCUGCUGAGUUCACUUCGUGCCAAAUGUUGAACGUGCUGACGACAGACUACUCAACUGUCCUCUCAGGCCCCUCCUCCUCCUGUGUGUGUGUCUGAUUGGUUGAUUUUAGUUUUGUUCUUAAGUUAUUAAAGAACUAGAAAAUGCA